CAUCCGGCUGAGCUCAAGAUGUUGACUGAGGCAUUGCUCAACACUACUGGAGGUAGGGCUUCAGGCUGCCAUAAAGUGAUGAUCUUGUGGUUCCAAAGUCGUUCAUGCAAGAUCUCCGCAGGGACUGGCAGAGCUAAGAUGGUGACUAAGAUCUCUGGAGUAACACUUUGGCAGCGUAUACCAAUCAUCGCAACGCUUUUCAACGCGCAUGGGGACAGGGAGGCGCUGCAGAGCCUAGGUUUCGACUGUGAUGCAGUCUUCUGGAGAACUUUCGACGUCCAGCCAAUGGCUAAACAGCUACGACUAAAAAGCAAGGUGGCAGGGAAGGGGAAAGGAGGCCAAUACAAGCUCAUCGAGGCAUCCUUCUCAUAAACCGCAUCGCUUGGAUCACAGAAUGCAGGCGUCUCUCUAACUUGCCUACAAGCAAUUUCAGAGAAGCCGCCUACCUACAAUUCCUGGGACUGCUCGACUAGAAGGAACGGCGGUUUCUUCACCACACCUCCUUGUUACGUCCUACCGUUGUCGCUACUCCCUCAAACUUCGUUAGUCCGUCGCCUCAGCAUCAUCCCAUCGAGUGUUCAUAUAUACAGGUUCAGAAGACUCACUCGCUACUUUUGCAACGGAGUCUAACACGUCAGAAACAUGCUGGCACCCGUCCUAAUAUCUACCUUAAGACGAGCAGCCACUCCAACUUGACUACGAAGAUGAAUACCCC